UCACAACAAACUUGGCCUGUUCGUCAUCCUGUUUCUACGAUAUCUUGACAUACUUGAUUUGCCUUUAUUAUUUUUGUACAUUAUUUAAAACAAAUGAAUAAUCCACCUUAUCAUCAUCAAAUUCAAACUCACUUUGUAAAUUUUCAAAUCUGUCCUCUUAAUUAUCUAACUUUAUGAAACUUUUGUUGCAUUUUUUCUUUUAUAUUUUCAAAUGCUUGUAGGAAAUUGAUUCUCGAUCGAUUUUUCUUUAUUCAUUUAUUUUUUUCAUUUAAUCUUUACAUAUUGAAUUUAUUCGUUCCAAUAUUUUCCCUAUAUAUAAAAUACUGAUUCUGUAAUAUUAAAAAAUGAAUUAAAGCUACAUUUUUUUCAAAUUUAAAUAAUCAUAAAUUGUCAUAUAUUGGUUAUUGGUGAUAUUUUUUGUCAUAAUCGUUGCUGCGCCAUCUUUGAACAACAUUGAUCGUAUCAUUAUGAAUGACAGUGCCAUCUACUAUUAGAAUCUUAAAACAUUUGGGAUGAUGCAUGUGUUAUAUCACGCUUCAUUCGAUCUAAUAAUAUGAAUAUUUAUAUUUGUUUAUGAUUAUGAAUCCAAAACAACAGCCAGAUUUAGAUGAAGAGUUUAUAAGAGAGGAAGAUUUGGAUGAGGUUAUUGAUUUGGAUGACCAACAUACGAUCGACCAUAUUCGUGAUGACGAUGAUGAGGAUGAAGAAGCACAAGAACCGAUAAUGACGACCACCGAAGUAGUGGAAGAUGAUUGCAUCUAUACGUUUGAAUCACAUGAACAAUCCGUUUUCUGUUGUCAUUUGAGUCAUAAUGACCGAUAUGCAAUCACAGGUGGACAAGAUGAUAAAGCCAUCAUCUGGGAUAUGAUGGAUAAUCGACUUAUCCGAUUCGAUACCAAUGGUCAUCACAAAGAUUCAAUAGUGGCUGUUAAGUUUAAUUUGAAUUCAACAAUGGUAGCCACCGGUGAUAUGAGUGGUGUCAUCAUCGUUUGGAACGUGGAGGAUGGCAAAAAAAUCUAUGAGUAUGAGGUUGGCAAUGAUCUGAACUGGUUAUUAUGGCAUAACACUAUCGAUAAUGUUCUAUUGGCUGGUACACACGAAACUUGGAUGUGGCGAUUAUCAGAAAUAAGACCACAAUGUCGGACGUUACAAUCAUUUGGUUGUGGUAACCUAGUUGCAGAGCUCUUUCGUGAUGGACGACGCCUGGCUAUGGGUUAUGAAGAUGGUUCCAUAAGAGUAUGGAAUCUCGAACAGAAUCAACUUGCUAUCACCAUACGAGGAAAUCAAGCCCAUCAUACUACAGUAACAUCACUUUCUCUAAGUCUAGAUGACAAUCUUAUAGCUACCGGAUCAGCUGACGGUGUGGUCAAAAUGAUCAACGUGAAAAAUCAAAAAGUGAUAACUUCAUUCAAGCUGGAUGAUGUGAUAGGUGGUGAUGAUGACGAAAAAAAAGAUAACUCGAUCGAAAGCCUCCAAUUCGGUGGACAAAAUUGUCUUAUCAUUGGAUCACUGGAUGGCCGUAUACAGAUUUGGCAUGUGCCAAGUCAAACCAAAAGAAAUCAAAUUGAGUUGUCCAGAGGUGUAUCUAAAUUGUUGGUAGACUCAAAUAAUGUCAAUAUCGUGUAUGCCGGAUGUUUAGACGGUGUGUUUCGUGUUAUUGACAUUCUGACCGGUAACAUACUUGACGAGAAACGUGGCCAUCGUGAUCAGAUACUUGACUUUGCUAUUUCGUCUAACGAAUUCAUGAAUUUAGUCAUGUUUUUUGCCCAUGUAAGCCAUUGCUAUCCGAAUGAUGAAUUUGCUGUAGCUUAUCCAUCGGAAUUAAUGCGGUUGUUGCGAUUAUUUUCAACAUCAUUGAAUUCAGAAGUUCGUCUGAUUCUAGUAAGAGCGUUGAUUCUGAUGCGAAACAAGUCGCAAUUUGCCGCCAACGAUCUAAUAUCGCUCCUUUUCGAAUUACUCAAAUGUCCAGAUAAAAAAUUGCGGGCAUUGAUAAAACAACAUGUCAUCACAGAUAUUAAGAAUAUGAGCAACAAACAAAGGAUGAAUACGGUGUUGCAGAAUUUUCUCUUUUCCAUGUUGAAUGAUUCGAAUGUUGUAGCAGCAAAAACCUCAUUGCACAUAAUGAUUGAACUGUAUAAAAAAAAUGUAUGGAAAACGGCCAAAACAGUCAACGUUAUUAGUACGGCCUGUUUUUCUCGAAUACCCAAGAUUAUGGUCACUGCGUUGAAAUUUUUCCUCGGUACUGACCAGGCUGAACAAGAUGGUGAUAAGCAAGUGGAUAGCGAUGAUUCGGACAGUGAUUCAGACAAUUUACCAUCAGCACAAGAAAUUGUCAUGGCGAAUCGUGUAAAUAAAAAAACAAGAAAACGGAAACGUCUUUUACUACGAAGCAAAGAAGUGCUCAAGCGAUAUCGGAAAAAAUCACGACCUGAAUCAUUCGAUUUUUCUGCGAUACAUCUACUUAAUGAUCCACAGGGCAUGGCGGAAAAUCUGUUCAAGAUGCUUGAAAUAUUUAAUGAACGUUUUGAGCUGAAACUGUUGCUCAUAAAUCUAAUAUCCAGACUGGUGGGCAUCCAUGAACUACAAUUGCUCAACCUUUAUUCAUAUCUACAACGUUACCUACAUCCUAAACAACGGGAUGUGACCAAAUUAUUGCAAUACGUGGCACAAGCCUCACAUGAACUUGUUCCACCAGAUUCAAUUGAACCAUUGUUAAAAGUGAUUGCAAACAAUUUCGUUACUGAACAAAAUUCAUCUGAAGUGAUGGCCGUUGGUAUUAAUUCUAUCCGCGAAAUUUGUGCACGAUGUCCGUUGGCUAUAAGCGAAGAUCUAUUACAAGAUCUAGUGGAAUAUUCAUCAUUUAAGGAUAAAAAUGUAUCUAUGGCUGCUAAAUCACUUAUACAACUGUAUCGACAAUUAAACCCUUCAUUGUUACGACGAAAAGAUCGAGGUCGCCCCACUCAAGCUAUCCAAGAAUCUGUUCAUUCGAUUCGAUUCGGCCAAUCGAAAGCCGUGGAUUUUGUUUCUGGAACCGAAGUUUUGGAUGAAUACGAAUCUGAUCCAGGUGAUGAACUAACUGGGAAAGAUAAUGGUGACAGUGAUGGGAGUUGGAUCGACGUAUCUGAUGACGAAGAUGAAAUCGCUAUUGAUGAUUAUGACGAUAUUCAAAGUGAUGCCGACGAAAAUGAGGAUUCAACUAAUUGUAAUUCUGUACCUCAAGAUCAGAGGGAUAAAGCCAGUCUAAUAUCGACCAGUCGUAUUUUGACUCAAGAGGAAUUCCAUAAAGUCCGUAUGGCUCAACUAUCUAAGCAUUUACGAGCUGCUCGAUCGAAAAAACUGUCAAAAACGACAUCGACACAGAAUGAAAACGAAUCUUCUCUGAUCAGCAACAGCAGCAAUAUUGCCAAGUCAGAAAUCGUAUCAUUAAGCUCUAUCGAACGACUCUAUAAGUCUCAAAAAUCAGACAAACAAACUCGGCUAGAGUCGAUCGAAGCUGGACGCAAAGAUCGUGGUAAAUUUGGCUCACGGAAAGGUAAAAUAAAUGAUUUUGCGAGCAAAAGUAACAGGGAAACACGUAAGGGUAAAUCUUUUAUGAUGAUCAAACACAAACUACGCCAAAAACGUGGUGGACGAUCAUUUAAAGAUAAACAAAUUGCUCUCAGAAAUUCUUUAUUGAAACGAUUCCAAUAAAUUAAUCAAUCAACAAAAAAUGGUUUAUAGUAGGGAUUCUUUAUUUAAUAUUUUUGAAUAAAUUGUUCCCUAUUUUGAAGAAUAGGGUAUAAAAACGGA